UCUCCUCUCCACCAUCGCACUUGCCGCUCGCUGUGGCCGCUCGCCAACGGCGCUCACAUGUUUCUUGGCGGCGCCAGAAAUAUGGCGGAUAGUGCUAGUGAAAGUGAUAGCAGCUCAGUUGACGGGGCAAUGAUUGCCCCGUCUCCUCUGUCGCGAGAGCAGAUUCAAAAACGCGUUGAAUCUCUCCAGCAGGAGAACCGGGUGCUCAAAAUGGAGCUAGAAACGUACAGGCUUCGAGUGAAGACGUUGCAGGAGGAGAACCGUGCGUUGCGGCAAGUCAGCGUCAACAUACAAGCCAAAGCCGAACAGGAGGAGGAAUUCAUCAGCAACACACUGCUGAAGAAGAUUCAAGCGCUCAAGAAAGAAAAGGAGACGCUCGCCCUUAACUACGAACAAGAGGAGGAGUGCCUUACUAAUGAUCUUUCCCGAAAGCUCAACCAGCUUCGUCAGGAGAAGGUUCAGCUGGAGCAGAGCUUGGAGCAGGAACAAGAGGCGCUUGUGAAUAAGUUGAUGCGAAAGAUAGAACGUCUAGAAGCGCAGACGUUGGCCAAGCAAGCUAACUUGGAGCAGUUGCGCCGAGAAAAGGUGGAGCUGGAAUGCACACUGGAACAAGAGCAAGAGGCACUGGUGAAUCGCCUGUGGAAGCGAAUGGACAAGCUGGAGGCAGAGAAGAGGCUGCUACAAGAACGGUUGGAGCAGCCCCCAUCAGCGCCACCAUCGCCUCGGGAACCCGGCCGUGACACGCCAGCUGCAUUGGGGGCGCACGUAGCACGACUGCGUGGGGAGCUGGCACGCCUUAGGGCCCAGCUGCAUGACACCCAGCAGGAACACAAUGAGAAGGUGGCCCAGUUUGCCCAAGAGGAGCGCCAGAUCCGCGAGGAGAACGUGCGCCUGCAGCGCAAACUGCAGCUUGAGAUGGACCGCCGCGAGGCUCUCUGCCGCCACCUCUCGGAGUCUGAGUCAAGCUUGGAGAUGGACGAGGAAAGGCAUUUCAAUGAAAUGGCACACGGUAUGCGGCCCAGGACUGUGUCAAGCCCAAUUCCUUACAACCCGUCUCCGAACUCCUCAAGGCCUCUUAGUCCAGGUCUUCCAGUUAGCGGAGGCCCUGGUGGUGUGCUGGGCAAUCUAUCUCGUGAGGCCCUAAGCCCAUCUGGGUCUCUAAAUCGCUGCCAGGCCUGUGGACAGCCCCUGUUUCAUGCAAGUGGGCCUACAGCUCCUCCACCUGCAUUCCUGCUGCCUUCCCCAUCUCCGCCCACAGUAAAUAUGCUGCCGCCACACCCUGCUAGUUUCCCCUCCUCAAACCAGGCCCGUGUGCGCACGUCAUCACAGGAGCGGUUUUCCAGGGGGCCUGCCCCAGCAACACCUCUAGUGUCGCCAAUUGCAGGCAGCCACCUGAGCACAACAAACCCGGCACCACCAACUGUUCCAGCUGCAGCAUCCCCUAUGAUGGACUGACCGACAGCAUCCCAACAAAUUGCAAUGAUGGAACCUUGGUGUGUUCCACUUACUAUUGAAGUCACAGUCAAUUUUCUGCCCUAACUAUGGAAGCAGAACCCCCAAGUUAGCUGCGCAACACCAAGGGGAGUUUUUCAAGGCACACUAUUGGAUUGAAGCCGAAGGAAGAGUUACCGAUUCACGAGAGUUGGUGGGUCUUGCUACAAGUAGUUGCAUGCCUCGAGGGUCUGUGGAUGUCAACAGUAUGCUCAUGGAAGGGUUGUUGGCGAAAGAAUUGCCUUGUUUUACACGUCCCCCAUUUUAAGCUGGUUAUACAAGUGCUUGAAAAUGCAGCUCUAAAGUUUUUUAUAGUUUGCUAUCCUACAGGAAAGUAGGUUGGAUGCACUACACACUUCUAUCUUGUGCUUGUACUAUCUUGUUUUUAACGUGCUGGUUUGGCACACCAGCUUUGACAUGCUUUUUCAUGUGACGAAGAGGGGCAGGGAGGGAGAGGGGUACUACUGCCAGCCAAAGAAGCUGCUAAAGAGGCUUGGGAUUGGGGCUUUAUUUAUUUAAAUCGAAAAGUUCAUACGGCAGUGUAUUGUAUGUUUCACUCAUGAGGGGUGUCAGUAAAUCAACACUGUCGUAGGGGAAAGGUGCAGCACUAUAGAUUUUCUUUCCUGUGCACACUUGUUGAGGUAGCUUGCCUUGGCAUUAUCCUUUACAGUCUGACAAAGCAGCGCCUGCAGAUAGUUCCGGCCUCAAGGGUGUCAGUAUGUUUGUGCCAUCAAGCGAGCUUACAUUAAUGGAGGGAAGUUGGAUAUCCAAAGGUUUUCAGAAAUGCAGAAGAGGGUUUGCAUCAAGUGGAGUAGUGAGUAAUGGCUCCCCAAUGGUUCUAGUCAUUUCAGGUAGGUUUAUUCGCUGCACUAAUUAGGUGGUUGAUGUAACAUUUGCAUGCAAGCUGCUCAGUGCUAAAAAAAUGCAGUCUUUAAUGCAGUGUAAUUUGGUGAAGCAGGCAUUGAAAGAGCCCAAUGAGAAUUCUAAUGUUACCACUGUAAGGUUAGCAUAGUAGCUUUUGCAUUGGGAACACAGUUUGGUCUGUGAAGGGGAUGUGUAUUGUUUUGCCACAUUACAUGCAGGGGUGUGCAUGUGAGCCAUGCUCUGCUUUUGGUGCGACAAUCUGUCUGUCCAACUAGAGAUGCAGUUUUGGCAACAUUUUGUAAAUAGUUUGCGAGUUUCUAACUUUGUCAUUCUUUCUGUAUUUGUUCAGAUUUGUGAGUAAUGCACAUUGUAUGAAAGUGUCUGGUGUGUGAUAAUCCGCUGCUGUUCAACUAACAGUCAAUUUGGUUCUCUUGUUAACAAAUAUGGCUUUGUGAGUGGCAGUGAAUGUGCUUUAGCUUGUGCAUCCAGUGCUGUCUUUAGUGCAGUCGCCCACAAGAGGAGGGAAGCAGUCAGCUUCUUCAGCAGCCAAUACAAGGGCCCCCCGACAUGCUUGUUUCAUAGUGCGGUCUGGGUGAUGUUGUGUGUUAACAGACCUGUUUGCAGUCUCUCCACCUCGUCGUUCUUGUACCACCUGUUCUUGAAGUGUAUUUUGGCACUGUUGACUCAAAACCUGUCAGUUCUAUACUUUGAGGCUUCCAUUACAUAACAGCCAAGUGCUUCUGUCCUUUUUUUUCCCCCUUUUCUGAAUGUUGCUGUUGUGUGCCGGAACUUCAGUGUCAAAAGGCACAAAGGGAGUGCCAGUGUCCCGAAGGUCCCAAGCAGAUCUGCAGUUUGUGAAAGUUUCCUUUUGUGUUCCGACUUCUCUCUUAAAGAUGUUGCCGUAGCUUCUGACUGUGAUAUCAGUUAAGCGUACCCAUUUUUUAAGGGUUGCAAGAGCUAAGUGGGUGCUCCAAAAUAGGGCGAGGGGUAAAGCCGAACUGAUCAAUUAGUGGCACUGGUAUUGCACAUGCAAGUGUGCAUGUGUGUGUGUGUCUGUACGCAAGUAUGUGUGUUUAUAGGUUGUAACAGGUGUCUGUUUUCUAACAGUGUUUGCACACAGGACUUAAAAGGUUUGUUUAUUGGUUUGGUUUUGGAAGCAUUUCAUUACAAUAAAACAAAAUGUUGUGCCUUUCA